AGGAAAAUUUCAAAAUUUUCCAAUGGAACAUCACUCCAAGGAAAGUCGAGAGGAAAGUUCUGGAAAAUUGACUUCCUUAAGUAAAAUAUAUCCUUUCACAUUUCAAUUUUUUUCUGGAAAACUGGCAAAGCGAAAAUUGAGAAAUUUUUCCAAAAGAAAAAGGAAAGUGAGGAACUCAUAGAAAAAUUUCAAAAUUUUCUAGUGAAGAAUCACUCCAGGAAAAAUUCUGAAAAAUUGACUUUUUCAAGUAGUAGAAGUAGCAAAAUUCACCCUCUUACAUUUUAAUUUUUUUCUGGAAAACUGGCAGAAGAAGACUUUGAAAAUUUUCCAGGAAAAA